CAUCCCAAUCGAGCCCACCCCACCAGGUCCCAACCGCCCGGGAGGCUCGUGCUUGGGCCAAUGCCCUGGAAGGUGCGCCAGGGGCGCAGCCGAGUUCACACAGCCCUUUACACCGUUGGCUGCCGCAGUCCCCCUGGCGCUUCUCUGGCUCCUUCAGACCUCUCUCCCAGAUCUGGGCUGUAGCUCCCGGGCUCCUUGGAGGGGAGGCAGGAAGCCGGCAUGGGGUUUGAGGGAGCCGUCGUCUCUCACCUAGGUGGCUCCUUCCUGCUGCUCGGUCUGGGUACGCUCCUGCUCCGCCCAGGCUGCCUGGCUCUGGCCUUCGGGUACCGGCCAGGGAGGGGCUUUUCCUCCUACGAAGUGAUCAUCCCCAGGCAGCUGGGUCCCCGCAAGGGGGAUCCUGAGGUGGCCGGCCGGACAUCUUACCUCCUGCAGGUGGAGGGCAAGAAGCAAGUUGUCCACCUUCGCCCUAAAAGGCUGCUGUUGUCCAGACACCUGCGCAUUUUCUCCUUCACCGGGCAGGGAGCCAUUCUGGAGGACCAGCCUUAUAUCCCUGAUGACUGCAACUACGGAGGUUACGUGGAGGGUUCCCCCGACUCCGUGGUUACGUUAAACACCUGCUUUGGAGGGCUCCGAGGGAUACUGAAUAUGAAUGGAAGCCUUUACCAAAUGGAACCCUUGAAGGCCUCUACAAAAUUUGAACACAUGCUGUAUCGCCUGAAGAAGGAGGUUCGAGCUGAUCGCACUUGCGGGGUAAUUGCUGAAGAAACAGCUCCACGUUUGGCCAACGACCAGAACCUAGAGAUUUCUGCCAAGUUUGUUUGGAGCUAUAUACACCUUAAGUAUGUAGAAGCCUUUCUUGUGAUAUCUAAUGGGAGAUAUCAACUUUUGGGAUCCAAUAUGACUGCUUGCCUUAAUGAGUGUUUUACUUUGAUAGCUUUGGCAGAUGCGGUUUUUCAGGGACUCAAUUGUAAAAUUUAUCUGGAGGGAGUUGAGGUCUGGUCCGUCGAGGACAAAAUCAACAUUAAGGACUCUGACGAAGAUAAAAUUUAUGAAGAGUUUAUGAAAUAUAAAGAGGAGCAACUAGACCCCCGUGUCAAGUCAGAUUGGGCACAUUUAAUUGUGAGUAAAGAGAUCGCCACAAAAGCCAAGGUAGGAGGUAUCUGUGAAAAAGGAAAUAGUGCCUCUGUGAGCAGUCUAUCUCAAGAGAACCUGAGUGGUUCUAAUGAGUUUCUUCAUGCAUUGGGCCAUAUGCUGGGCAUAAAUGACGACACCGAUGAAUGUAAAUGUCAUGGUGCCGACAGAUGCUUAAUGAACAAAAACCCUGGGGAUGGAGGUGUCAGUAGAUGCAGUUACAUGGAGUAUUUUGAAAAGGUAGCCAGCAAUGAAACAUGUUUGUCUAAUGUACCAGAACUAGCGAAAAGAAAAAUUUCUGUAUGUGGUGACAAAGUGGUGGAAGGAGACGAACAGUGUGACUGUGGCACACCAAAGGACUGUGAGCAAGAUAAGUGUUGCGAGCCAACAUGUAAAUUAAAAGCUAGAGCAUCGUGUGCUUUUGGUCCUUGCUGCUAUCACUGUAGAUUUCGAGUAGCAGGGAAACUGUGUAGGGCCAAGAACAGCGAAUGUGACCUUGAGGAGUAUUGCAAUGGCACCUCUGAAUACUGCCCUGAUAACACCUACAUUCAGGAUGGCACCCUAUGCUCUGACCGUGGCUAUUGUUUCCACGGGUUGUGCAAUUCUCGGAAUCGGCAGUGCAAGCGUAUUUUUGGACACAGUGCUACAGCGGGACCUCUUGCCUGCUAUGAAGAAGCCAAUCAAGGAGACCGCUUUGGCAACUGUGGAAUUAUGGCAGGUGUUUACUCCAAGUGUGAACCUGACAAUGUGUUAUGUGGAAGAUUACAGUGUGUCAACGUCAAGGGUGUUCCUAUCCUGGCUGACCACUAUACAGUAGUUACGAAUUUUGUCAGCCAGGGCAAUCUUACUUGCUGGGGGACAGACUAUCAUGCUCCAAUGAGAACAAUAAAACUGGAGGAUAUUGGAGAAGUAAAAGAAGGCACUGCCUGUGGUGAGGGAUUUUUAUGUAUUAACAAGACUUGUACAAACAUGAAUGCUCUUAAUUUUGACUGUACAGUGGACACCUGUACCAAGAGAGGAAUCUGCAACAAUAAUAAAAAUUGCCACUGUGACUAUGGAUGGGCCCCUCCAUUCUGUAAGAAGUAUGGAUUUGGAGGAAGUAUUGACAGUGGCCCUCCCCCAAAAUGGGAAAAGGCUCCCUGGAGAAAUAUCAUACCUGUGGUCCUUUUUCUUGGGCGGUGUUUUGCUUUAGGUGGAGCAGGAUUUCUGUCUGGGGCAGGUAGAGCAGCAGAUUUAUUUCACCGUGUAUUUGGUUAGAAAAAUGAAGCAGUCCAAGCAAGGAAAAAAAGAGGAAAACCAUUAUUGCUGAAUAAGAAAGCAGAUUCAUCUAUAUUACGUGAUUUGGAAGACCCUGAAAUCUUCUCUUGAAACAGUAGCUCAUAAAAACCAUUAACCAUGAAUGUCAUGCAAAGCUAGGUUUUCUUAGCUUACAUAUUUUGUCAGAAAAUAAAGAUCCUUUACC